ACUUGUUUUUUGCCUUAAAAAAAAUUUGAAUACCACUGUCCCUUUCUAAAGAGUAGAAAACAUCAAUCCACAUAGAGUUUCUCUUAGAUCCAUCAAAUAAUUAUCAAAUGAUUCACUUUGUGCUUCUGAUUAGUCGACAAGGAAAAGUGAGGCUCACAAAAUGGUAUUCACCAUAUUCUCAAAAGGAAAGAUCCAAGGUAAUUAGAGAGUUAAGUGGCCUAGUUAUUUCUCGAGGCCCAAAGCUAUGCAACUUUGUGGAAUGGAGGGGACUCAAAGUUGUAUAUAAAAGAUAUGCUAGCCUUUACUUUUGCAUCUGCAAUGAUCAAGAAGACAAUGAAUUGGAGACCCUUUCCAUUAUUCAUCACUAUGUUGAGACAUUGGAUCGCUAUUUUGGCAGUGUUUGUGAGCUAGAUUUAAUCUUCAAUUUCCACAAGGCAUACUUUAUAUUGGAUGAAGUUUUGUUGGCUGGAAUGUUGCAAGAGACUAGCAAAAGAACAACUCUGAGACUCAUAGCUGCACAAGAGGAGUUAGUGGAAGCUGCCAAAGAAGAAGCUAGUUCAUUGAGUAAUAUAAUUGCACAGGCUACAAAAUAAGAGCUUCAUUGAGUAAAAUAUCUUAGGCUGCAAGAAAAGCUCAUUUUGAUGAUAAUUUGUUCCCUACAAAUCAAUAAGAAAAUACUUUAUACUGUAAUAAAAUAUUUUGUUUAGACAUUUUAUUUUUAAUAUAGUGAUUUUGUAAUGAGUGGAAUGUUGAAUUUUUAUUAAUAGUAUAAGUGGUUACAAGG